UUCUGAAAAUAUUUCAAAGGUAAUUUCCUGUUCCUGCUCGUGUGUAUGUUGAGCAUCGUAUGGCUCUCAUAACUUUACGUCACGUUAACAAACAUGAACACAUUUGAGUAGCAAUGGGAGGCAAAAAUAAACAGCGAACGAAAGGAAACGUUCGGCCGUCCAGUAGCGGCCGGGCUGCAGAGGUAUUGACCCGGGAAGGUGGCGCCAUCCCAGGUUUUGUUGGUUUCGACACAACGCUUACGUCAGAGUUGAGCUAUGUCCCAGCGUUGCAUGGCGCAGAGGAGAUUGACAACCUGGUCGAUGCAGACUUCAGACUAGUGCUUAGGAAACUGUCCAAGAGAGAUGUUGUCACCAGACUUAAAGCUGUACAGGAUUUUGGAUCCAUGUGUCAAGAGAGGGAUGCUGACGAUGUUAAAGGGGUCCUUCCAUAUUGGCCAAGGAUUUACUGCAAGAUUUCAGUGGAUCACGAUAGGCGGAUCAGGGAGGCCACCCAGCUUGCCUUUGAGCAGCUUGUGCUGAAAGUGCGUCGCAGCUUGGCUCCCUUUCUGAAGAGCCUGAUGGGCCACUGGAUUCUGUCCCAAUGUGACACGUACACGCCCGCAGCCUCUGCUGCACACAGAGCCUUCCAGGCUGCCUUCUCGACCGCCAAACAGCCAGAGGCCCUCAGCUUUUGCAAAGAUGAGAUCCUUAAUGUAAUUCAAGAUGUUUUAUUAAAAGAUACUGCAGACACACUCAGCGAUCCUCAAAGUGUGACUGAGGAGGAGCGAGAAGCCAAAUAUAUGCGCAUGCUGACCAGCUCUCUGCUCGGGGUGAAAAGACUGCUCUCUCUGCUGCCCCAGAAUGACAUGAUGGCCAUGGAACAGAGACUAGCUCUUCUUAUGAGCCCAGCAAAGUUCUGGAAAUACAGCAGACAUAAGACACCGCAGGUCAGAGGGGCGUUCUUUGAGAUGCUGUGUGCUGCGUGCGAGUUAACACCAGAGCUCGCCCAGGCAGAAGCAGCACGUCUCUGCCCGGCUGUCCUCCUCAGCAUAGACGACACAGAUCCUCUGGUGCUGCCUGCCGUUUGGGAGGCAAUUCUUCAUGUUGUGUCCUCCAUACCCGACUGUUGGACACACGUGAAUGCUAAGAAAGGCUUCUUGCCAAAACUGUGGGCUCUGUUAAAAGAAGGGGGCAAAGGCAUGGCUAAAGCCCUCCAUCCUAACUUGAUGCCUUUCCUCAGUAAACUGCCACAACAGGUCACCAAUCCAGCCUUGGACUUCUACACCAUGUUUUUUACCUCACUCAUACUCGGUAUUUCCAGUGAGCGCGCCGCCAGUAGCCCCUCAGAGAAUGCCAUCAUUGUGACUUCCAUCGUGGAGUGCCUGAGAUUCUGCAUUAUUCGCCAUGCAGCAGAGGAUGAGGAGGAUCAUCAGCACAAAAUAUGCUCCAUGCUUAUUUCACAGCAGCUUUUGCCGCUUCUCGAAAUGGCUCUUGAGAACCCCACUCUACAGAAUGGCCCCCUUUUCCUCCUGGUUACUGAAAUGAUCGUUUCCUGGGAGAAGAGGGCUGACGGUGAAUCCAAAGACAGCAAGGGUGUCUUUCAUGGACUUGUAGCAGACUUCUGGGAGGAGCUUGGCCUUGUGUUCACGCGCCAUACAGACAAUGAAGAAGCAAAUCCACAAGCUUUAGAGGGGAUUUCAGCCUUACUGCAGGUGAUGUGCUACCCGUCGAGAGUAAACCUAAGGCACGCACAGAAGAAAAAGUCAGUCAAGAUUUGUUUAUCGGGAGACGAAGAGGGCGAUGGUGUGGAGGUGAAGCAGACAGAGCUUGUGGAGGCUACUGCAUGUGGUUCCCCGCAGACCUGCCAUUUUGAGGAAGUAGUGCAGCAGCUGGUGCAGCUGUGUCUGGUGCAUGUGAACGAGAGAUGCUCGGAAACACAUCUUGUAUUCCUCUCGCUUCUACUGCAGUCUUUUCACACCACCAAGAUCUUCACUACAUUGGUGGAACUGGAUGAGAAGGGCGAGGAUAGUGUGAGCAAUCCGGCUGUGCGUUUCCUGCUGGAGCGAGUGGUCCCAUGGCUGGCCGACAAGGAACGGAUGGAGACACAGCACCUGGUGGAGAUGGUCUUCAGCUCACUGUCUUGCUGUAGCCAACAAGAGACCACUCGCAUCCUCAACCAUAUCACCACGAUGGGACUUCACUGCAGAAUCACUCUGCAAAUCAUCCAGCGCGCCUGCAUCGACCAUUCCACCCUUGCAAGUUGUAGAGACUGGCUAAAAGGGUCAGUCCUGGGUGAGCAUCUCCUGGGAGUAACUCAGGAGAUCUGCAAGGUCACACCCAGCCGCUCAGACUGUGCUUCUUCUACCAACUGCCCCAGCUGGACCCUCAUCAGCCUAGUUCUCUCUCAGCAUCACAAUAACGAACCUCUGAUCGGGGAGGUGUACAUGGAGAAGAUCUUGGAGAAGCUGCAUGCCACGCUGUCGGAGACAAAAAGCCUAUCAGAUGCAGGCAACAUGGAGCCUCUUGUUUCCUUCAUCUGUGAUGUGGCUUCCACCUUCUUCUCGUCUGUACAAGACUGUCUACUGCUAUCAUCUGCCGAGGAACUCCUGCUCACCAUCUUCCAGCUCAUUUCCCAAGACCAAACACGAACUUACCUAUCAGACUCACUCUUGGAUAAGAUGGAGAAGGUGUGUGUCGCUGGGAUUAAGUCAUUGGUUCAAAACUCUGAGUAUGAGGUGAAGGAAGGUGGCUUUCUGCACAGUGCCGCGCUUUGGGUUAAAAGCCGACUACUUACUGUGUCUCUGGAUGUCAAAAGUUUGCAGUAUGUAGUUACGGCGGUACAAAGCGUAGUGGAGACCAUCACUUCUGUCUGCGAUCAAGAUUCUUCCGUCCUCACCCAGUUCUUUACCCACUUGAUGCCCAGUGUUGCUGGGUGGACCAAACUCAGACAGGCAUUGCCUUCCUACUGGGUCAAGACCCCAUUGCUGACGAGCCGUUAUAGGGGAGUUUGUGACACGCCCUCUGUGGACAUGUGGAAAUUGAAAAUGUCAAAUAUAUUACCAGCCCACUUGUGUGCAUGUGCGCUAUUAGGAAAAGUGGCACACACAAUCACCCUUUCUCACCCAAAGAACAAUAAAUGCCAGCGGCAUUUGACUCACCUCAUACACACGGUUGCAGAGUUGCUGUAUGCGUUGCAAUGGUGUAAGGAGGUGGAGUACACCCCGGCGAUUGUGUCCACCUAUCACAGCCUGCUGACUGAGUGGGGGCUGUCAGGAGGUUUGCAGGACCUGUUUGCAACCAACGACCUGCUGGAGACACUCUACUCAAGAUGUUUUGAGCUGGGCGGUCUGUGGUCUCUGACACUAGAAAACUACAUCCAUACCAAUAACUGUGACAGCCUGAGCAAACUUUACAGCCCUGUUGAUAGUUUAUUGCCAGUGACACGAAGCAAACUCAGCACACUCCAGGUGCUCUGUCCCUCCUUGAGCCAGGAUGACCGAGAGACUCUGGUCACCCUGGCCACAGCGGGAAUCAUCAAUUGGGAAGAGGAUGACAAUGUGUAUGGUUGUGUGGCGGUGCUUAUGUGUUGCCUGCAAGCUGACACACAAGUGGAAGAGGAGGUAGUGCAAGCUGUUCUGGCCACAGUGAUGGAGUGGAGGAACCGUAAGGAAGACUGGUUCCUUUUCGGCAGUGACCUGUCUAAAGCAACUACACAACAGUUAAACCUGACACUGGAGCUGAUGCGCUUCCUGUCUUGGCUGGUGAAACACUGUCCGACAUCUCUCAGCAGUAACCAGUGGGACUUCUUACUCUGUGCGAUGUUGGCGUGGUUGGAGACUGUCAGCGAGAAUGUGAGCGGCCUGUGGAAUCCAUGGGUGCAGUUGUUUGCGUCCGAGAGUGCCUACCUGGUCGUCAACCUGAACCAGUUCUUUGCAUCAUCUCCACCUGAUGUCCUGGAGAAGCUGCCAUCAGAACUGGAGGGGGAAUGGAGAGACUUCUUUUUGGACGGAAUCUACAACCUGCUGCUCCCCAUGCCUGUCAAAAUCACGGAGGCCUUCAAAGAGCCAGACGACCCCAUCUUUCCUCUGGCUGUGCUGCAGUCGCUCGGUGUGGCGUUGACCCAUGUGCCGACCCAGCAACUCAACCAAAACAACCUGCCGGCUAAAUUCAUAGCCAACCAGAAGACAAACCUCCCGCAGCCUCUUCAGACGCUUCUCAACACCUUCUGUCCUCUGCUGCUGUUCAAGGCCAGACCACUACAAGUCAGCGUCUACCACUUAUUGGCAAAGGUCAUGCCUCAGCUGCCUGAAUGUGACAGUGAAGGAGACAGCAACAAGUCAGAUGAUGAGGGAGAUGAGACAAGCCUCUCUCCUCCGGCUGCUCUGAUGGCCGUGUUGUCAACCUGCGAGGAGUUGUGCGACAGCAUCCUGGCAGGACUUCAAGUAGGAGAGUUUGCGGUGGUCUCACCUCAUAGUGUGGAGUUCUCUUGCAUCCUGGGCUACCUGCUAGCCUGGAAACUGCUUCUCACCUUUUUCAAGUCCUCGCCCUCACAUCUGCGUGCCCAUUACGCCCAGUAUCUCAAGAAAACCUGCUCCCUCAACAAGCUUCUCCUCCACCUUUUCAAACUGAUGCCUGAGAACCCCAUCUACCUGGGCCAAACACCAGAACCUCGAGACUCCAAAACCUUCUUCACAGAGAGCCUCACUCUGGCGGUUGACAGAAGGGAUAACAUCGAAUGGGAGCUCCCCCACCUGGCGUGCAGCGUGUACUACAGCACGGUGCAGGACUUGCCCGCCAUGGUGCGACUGUGGUGGAAUAGUCAGGAAAAGCGUGUGAGCGGCGCUGUGGAGAAGUUCACCACCAAACACGUGAGCCCAGUUCUCUCGGCGGCUGAGAUCUCAUCUGUCCAUGGCAGCACGGAAAUGUUUGACAGCAUGACGGUAAAAGCUCGCUCUGCUGCCAGGGAGGUGAUUGCCACCUACUCUGUAGACGAUAUUUUUAUCGAACUGGUGAUUCAGCUGCCGCAGAACUACCCUCUGGGCUCCAUCGCGGUGGAGAGUGGUAGGCGGGUGGGCGUCUCUGUGCAGCAGUGGAGGAACUGGAUGCUGCAGCUCAGCACCUACCUGACGCAUCAGAAUGGCAGCAUAAUGGAGGGCCUGGCUCUGUGGAAGAACAAUGUGGACAAGCGGUUUGAGGGAAUCGAGGACUGUAUGAUAUGCUUCUCAGUAAUCCAUGGCUCCAACUACUCCUUACCCAAGAAGGCUUGUCGCACUUGCAAGAAGAAAUUCCACUCUGCAUGCUUGUACAAAUGGUUCACAUCCAGCAACAAGUCCACUUGUCCACUGUGCAGGGAGACAUUCUUCUAACCCCCAGCUUCUAUCGAUUCUGACUAUUAUUAUUAUUAGCUGAUCAACAUGGUGGGAGUUCACUCCGAGACCCCUUCUGACCAAAAAAUAGGUUUGUAUUGCCAGAUUGGUAAUGCCAGAUUGUAUAUCUCUUUCCAUAAUCCUCUGUAUAUGCGUGUGUGUGUGUAUCACACACAUAUAUAUACAUAUAUGUGUAUAUGUAUAUACAGUGUGGGAGUUUGCCCCCUUCAUGAUUUCAGAUUUUUUUGUCACACUCAAAUGUUUCAGAUCAUCAAACAAAUAGAAAUAUAAUUACAUUAUUAUUGCAUGACAACACAACUGAACACAAAAUGUUGUUUAUUUUAUUUUAUGAAACUUAUUAUGGGAGGCAAAAAACUCCACACCACAGGACUUUGUAGAUUUUGAUUUUUUUGUGUUCAGUUGUGUUAUUGACUGGCGAAUAUUUAAAUUUGACAAUCUGACAAAAAUAAGAAAUCAGGAAGGUGGAAACGUGUGUGAACUGCAUUUUACACACUGAAGGGUUUACAUUGUAGUGUUCAAUCAAAGUUAUAUAUUGAUAUUUUCCCAAUAUUUAGAAGUGUAAAGACAAUGUAAUGCAUGCAGGUCCAAGACGUCAUCUUUAUAGAUUAUUUUAAUUUCAAAUCACAAAUAUCCAGCCUGAAUGAUUUGGCAUCUUGCUAUUAUGUCUGAUUGCGAGGUAUAUCAUUCUGGAAUAAGGGCGAAUAAAAUGCAAUCAGAUGGAUAUUAAUUGGCUCGUUCCUUGUUUGUGAUGCAAUUAUUCCACAUUCAUAAUGAUCGGCGCUUUAAAGAGACGUGAAAAUAGUUUGGGGGUUAUGUAACACUCUUCUGUAAUAUCAACACAGUGGUUCACCACCAUUUGACUUUGUAAGUAUAACCGUACUCGCAGGUAAUUGGCUCGUUGCGUAUGCGGUGAUUUGAACCAUAUUUCUACAAAGGACAAUUUCAAUUUAAUUUCAGCUCAUUUUUGAGUCAUACGUUUUUAUGAGUCCGCAGACCACCAUAAUCACUGCAAAAAAUUACAUAUAGGUUGAUUAUAAUGAUGAAUCAGUAUAAUAUAUAUUUGUUUUACUAUAUUUAAUCACCAUUUCCAUUGAUCAUGACCAUUCCUCAUUGAUUAGCCGGGAGAGAUCACAUGGUUCAACUCCCUUAUAGCAUUAAUGCAGAGUGUGGAAUUAUUCAUCGCUAUAUUGGAUGGUUUUGCUUGCAUCACCGCAAAUCCUAUACUAUUCAUUAUGACACAUCCAGCAUGAUCAAUAACUUAGUUGCGCUCAUUUUGUACCUGUAUUGAUUGUGUGUGUGUGUGUGUGUAUGACUACCCACCUUUUAUGAGGACAUUUUGGCAAAAAAAAGUGCUAGGAUGAGCUCCUUUCACUCAAUUAGACUGUGUGUGUGUACUUUUGUAAUUCAUUAUGAUGUUCCAAAUUUUAUCAAUACAAACACCCAGCACCCAUCAUCAUCCGCCCUUGACCUUUUUAAUAGCCAUUGAUCUGUUUGCUUGCCAUAAAUAUUUAUACCCCCUCUCUCUCUCUCUCUCUCUCUCUCUCUCGCUCUACACACACGAAUACAUGAUACACACACCCUCCAGAGAGACAAGCUCAAAUCUUACUGCUCAUUAUCUGCUUGAUUAAGCAGCACAGCAAAUGUUUAUGAACUACAUACAGUACAGUGGACGAAUGUUCAGUCGUCUCCUGUGGUCAGCUGGUUCAUCUUGUCACCACCAGAUGGCAGUAUAAGCACAAUGCUUAUACAUCUUGAGCUACAAAAAGGGAAGGAAAUGUCUCAUUUUGUACAGAUUCCUGAUAAUUCUAGACUAUUAUACACAACAUGUUAAUACAAAACGAAAUCAAUCUGCACCCUUAUCCACAUUGGCAGCAACAGUUCAGUAAGAAACCCUGUAUGGUCAUCUAUAUGUUAGAAAUUGGGCAAUGCAAUUACAUGAUUUAUACCAACUACCCAGCAAAAAGCUAAUAAGGUCUGUCAUAUAGAAUGAUGUAAAUUUGGACAUAAAUUAUAUUUAUUUUGUUAUUACAAAAAUAUAUUAGAAUACCUUUCUAGAGGCAAAGAAAAAUACUAUCAAAUACAUGAAUGUUAUAACAAAAUCUAAUUAAUAAUUCCUGCCAUUUAUGCCCUCAUUGUGUGUGUGUGUGUGUGUGUGUCCACUCCCCCUCACCGUCUUGAUCUUUUACUGAACCUCCUCACUCGUGGUAUUGCAUCUGUAUAAUAUUACACACUGUGCAUAAUCAAUAGUAGAAUGUGGAUCCUGGGAAUUUAUCUGAUCCAUUUAACCCCGGCCCAAAAAAAACCCCAAACCCACACUGAUCAUGUCUAUGAAUCAUUGCAAGUCUAUCAGCUGUGUUACUCAAGUCGACAAUCAAUGUUAUUAACGUGUGUUGUUUGCAAAUGAUAAGGCAAGUACAUGAUGAUUAUUGAGUUUGCUAUUGCUUUGCUAUUGCUGCUACAAUGAGUCAUACUGUACAGGCCUUUUAGGGCUUUUCCUGUCAUAUCAGCAAACAGUGGACCGAUCUUUCAGUAUCACAGAAGGACCACAGGAAGUGAAGAUACUUGAUUUAAACCUUGAGGCUCCUGAAAAUUAAGAUACGCUUUAGAAAAAAAAUGUAAUAUUUACCGCAACAUAGGUGAAAAGUUGAAUAUUUGGAAUGAGUUGCAACAGCCUUGACCGUGUCAAUAAGUGAUGCCAACAUUACUUUUGAUGUACUUUGGAGUUCAUUAAAAAGAAACGUACACUUUUUAGCCUGAGGUCUCGAAUGCUCCCACUCAUAAAUGUCAUAUACAGUAUAGAAAAAAAAAAUAGAAAAGCAAAAUGUGUAGUUACAAAGGGAGACAGUGGGAACAAAUCAGUCCCGGGGGUAAAGAUUCUAAGCAUAAAUCUCCUAUUCUAUACACCUUGCAGUAAGAGUUGGAAUUAUGAAAGUAAAUAAAAUAGAAUACUGUCCAUGUUUCAUUCAGUUAGUCUUAAAUUUCAUCGAUAUAUUGAAAAUCAAAUAAACAGUUAAUUAAAUUACUGAUAGGAUUGAAUAGGGAUAGGCUCCAGCACCCCCCGCGACCCUCGUGAGGAAAAGCGGUAGAAAAUGAAUGAAUAGGAUUGAAUAUUGUUUACAUUGUGCCAGAUGCACAAACCGGUACUUUAAAAAAGGAUAACAUAGAAAUGUUGUCCAACAACAAUGACUUGCCGGGUACACCCUGGACUGGUCGGCAGCCAAUCACAGGGCACAUAUAGACAAACAACCAUUCACACUCACAUUCAUACCUAUGGACAAUUUGGAGUCGCCAAUUAAGGUAACAUGCAGAGUAACUGGAGAAAACCCCCACACAGGGAAAACAUGCAGAGAUUUGGACCCAAUCUCCUGACUGUGUGGCCAACAUGCUAACCACUCAGCCCAUUGUUUUUUUCUCUCAGCCACUUUUCCUUUCUGUGGAAAGACUGCAGCGACAAGCACCUCCCAGCUUGCCCCCUACUGGGUGUAAAUUUUAUACUGCAGUUCAUGACGAAACAGCUAAAGUUUCUACCCUCGUAGCAAGGUCAUAUCUAUGAAGUCUUAAAAAGAACUCUUCUACUUUAGUGGGAGUGUAGCCCAUGAGUCCACAUGAAGAUAAGAGCCCAAGCACACGAGGCCUGUAAAGGGAAUCAGAGCAUGACCGAAUCCAUUUAAAUGCAACCAGGACAAACAUGCCUGAAUAUUUUAGGUUGCGUGCUUUUAUCCAACUUCAGUGUGUCUCCUCUCAGCUUAUUUGACAAUGUCACUGCACAACGCUGAGGUAACAAUUAAGGGGGCUUAAAAAUAUUUCCUCGCAAGCUCAGUCUGCACAUUUUUAUGUCCACACGAUUGUUCAAAUAUUCAAUGUAUCAUUUAUACAGGCUGAGAAAUAGACUCUCAGAGCAGAAUUAGAUUUACUGUCUCAUUUCAACGACCACAAUGUCAAGCCCGGGGGUUUUGAGAUA